AUGGAGACCACGAUUCUCGAUCAUGUCGUACGCUACCCUACGUCUGGGCUGGAUGUUUUAGUUGUUGGUGGCGGUAUCGGAGGGCUGAUGACAGCACUUGAAUGCUGGCGCAAAGGCCACAAUGUUACCGUACUUGAGAAAUCACCGCACGCUGCAACCAUUGGUGAUGCCAUCAUCAUCAAUCCCUCUGGCUGGUCUGCUUUGCCCAAAUACCCAACAAUGAUGGAGGAGCUUACAAAAAUCUCGAUUGAUGCUCAAAGGAUCUUUUACAACCUUGACGGAAGCAUUGCGGGACCGCCAUUGGAGUUCGAGCAUAAUAUGAAGGGCGCUGCUGAACAUGCCGCCUUUCCCUUACACAUUGGCGCCCUACUGGGUCGUGCUGAUCUCGCCCAAAUGUUACUCGACCAAUGCGAAAGGCUAGAAAUCCCGAUUCAUUGGGAUGUUAACAUUGUCGAUUAUGGCGAAGGCCUCGAUGUCAAAAAGGGAUUUGCCAUUCGUGCUGAUGGACACCGCUAUACAGCAGAUGUUGUGAUAGCCGCCGAUGGACUGGGCUCCAAAUCACACCGCAUCACCAUGGGCCAGCAGACUCGAGCAGUGAGUACAGGAUACGUGAUUUACCGCUCAGUGAUUCCACUUACCGGAGGGGUGAGUGAAAUAUUGUUCGACACCGUGCAGAAGAGUGGCCGCGGAGAAUUCAGGCUUUAUAUGGGACACAACAUGCAUAUUGCGCUCGUCUUGUCCAAGCGUCUGGUCACGUUCGCAAUCACUUUGCCUGAUGAUAACCAAGGAACGGCUACAGAAUCCUGGUCGUCAUUCAUCUCGUCAGCAAAGCUCCUCCAAUCGCUCCCGCCUAUCGACAAAUUAGAUCCACUGAUCGUCGCAAUGCUUAAAUCACUACCAGAGGAUCGCAUUGUCGCGUGGAAGCUUUGUAUGCGAAACCCGCAGCCAACAUGGUCAUCUCCAGGCGGACACGUGGUUCAAGUCGGUGACAGCGCGCACAGCUAUAUUCCCACGUCCGGAAGUGGGGGCACCAUGGCUCUGGAGGACUCUGCUUCCAUCGCAGAAUGCCUGCGGCUCGGAGCAAAGGGAAAUAUAUGCAACGCCGUAAAAGUACAUGAGCUACUAAGAAAACAACGAGUGACACUCUUACAACGCAUGGGGCUUGCUGUCCGGAGCUCACUUCAUGCAAAAGAGACCGAGAGUCCCAAGGAUGCCCCCGAGAUCAUGCUGCAAGGAAAGUGGCUCUGGGCACACAACCCGGAGUUAUAUGCAAGGGACAACUUUGACCGAGCGACUUUGCAUUUGAGAAAUAAGGAACCAUUCCAGAACACGAACCUGCCCAAGGGCUAUGUUUAUGAGGACUGGACAUUGGAAGGGGAAAUUGAGAGAGAAACCUCCGGGCGAUCUUUGGACAUACACGCUACUGGAGACUGGAGUAUUAACUGA